GGGUCAGUUGCCACUCUUCACGAAUCUGAAACACAUCUUUGGGCUGCCGCCAUGUCACAACUGGGUGCUUUAUUGCAAGCACUCCGUGUGCUGCGCGCAGCGCGCGCAGCUGAUGCACCUGCCGAGCUGUGUGAGUCCUUAGUGGAACUGCUGCUGGCGGAUUUGACCUGGACAGAGGUGAUCUCGAUGAGCCUCCUUGGAGGCAACAUGAUCUCGGAGCAGUCCUUCAGCAGCUCAACAGCAUUAGGCCGACAAGUGUCGUGAAGCAAUGGUCAAAGAACUUGAGAGGUGGAACAAGCACAAGGCCUGGUGUCGGCGACCGGCCGUAGGGUGCACGAACCUGCUUCAGUCCCGAUGGGUGUUGAAAUGGAAAGAGAUGAAAGGGGGACGUGGCAUAAAAGCCAGACUUGUGGUGCAAGGGUUCCUAGAUAAGCAGGCAGUUCAAAACUAUUCGGGUACCACCACCCGGUGGGGUCAGAGGUUAAUUUUGAUUUUGCCUGUGCAGUUCUCAUGGUCAUUAGUAAGUUUAGACGUUUCUGAGGCUUUUUUGCGAGGCAUAACAUUUAAGGAACUUCAUGAAGCAGAUCCUACUCAACCUCUUCGGACAGUCCAAUUAAAGGUACCUCCGGGCAGCGGAGAGUUGAUUCGAUCCCUGACUGGGAUGCAGGACUUCGAUGAGAGCAAGGAAGUGCUGGAAAUUCUUAAACCGGGUUUCGGACUUAAGGACACCCCGCGAUUAUGGAACAUAGCCCUCAAAAGAGUUCUUUCAGAAAUAGGUGUUCAACCAAUAAGCACGGAUCCCCAACUUUAUGUGAAACAUGCAAAUGGAGCAUUGGUUUUGGCCUUAAGUGUGCAUGUUGAUGAUCUCAAACUGACAGGACAGCCACAUGAAUUAAAACGAGCCAAAGAGGUGCUAGAACGUCAUUUUGAUGAACUCAAAUCCGAAGUAGAUAGAUUCGAGCAUUGGAUUGCGUGCGAUAUGACCUUGAGCCAAGUGGCAUCCGCACUGUGAGCCGGUCGCAUUAUGUGAAGGAACUUCGAACAAUCCCAGAUGCGGACUUGCGACAACACCCCAAUGAUCUUGUGGACGAAAAUAUGCAAAAGCUUUUCAUGUCACUGCUUGGAGGGGUAGCAUGGACCACUCAAACCAGAUUAGAUAUUUUGGUUUUUGUUUCCGCCUUGCAAAGAAAGCGUAAGAAUCCCACAGGUCAUGAUAUCAUUGCAGCAAGCCGCAUUGUUCGAUAUCUGCAGAGAAAUCCAACGGUCUUAAAAUAUGACAAAGUAGACAACCCUAGGAGACUCGUAGCAGUAAGCGACAGCAGUUACCAGAGCAAAGAGCCAGACUGUCUUGCAAUGAGAAGCGGAGUCAUUGUCUUGACCGGUAAAGAAGGCUUGAAGGUUGGAGACAACCAGGUGCAGCUUGUGGACUAUCUUUCGAAGAAACAAUCUCGAGUAUGUCGUAGCACUUAUGCAGCAGAGCUUUUCUCCGCGUUAGACUUGGUUGGUGCAGCAGUGAACAUCAAUCUAGGACUUACAGAAAUUUUAACAGGCAUAAAGGGACCAAGGAAGCUCGCAGACCUUAGAAACUGGCAGAAAUGUGCUGGAGCUUGAUUGCAUCAUCGACGCACGAUCUGUUCUCGAUUGUAUAGCACAAGACCCAGUUCGCACUCCCAAUGACAAAAAUAUUGCUGAUUCACGCACUAAAGUUACGCGAACACCUCGAGAGGAAGCAAAUCAGCAAACUGAUAUGGGUUGACACCAGAGACAUGGACGCUUUGAAUAAAGGAUCCAUCAGCCGUGAUGCAACAAAAUUGGCCUUGAUUCGAUUGCAGUAUAAACCACACAUUUUCGAAAUCGCCACCGCCGCAGAGCAGCAAGCAAAGCUUUGAGCAGGCAACCUAACUCGAAAUGUACAUGUCCCUUGUCAGCCCUUGUCAAAACCAGCAUUUCAUGUCCCACAACCUAUUCGCGAUCCAGAAGAUGACACCGCCCGCAAGGACCCAAGCAGAUGCAACGUGAAUAUAGUGGCCUCUAGGCCGAGGUAGCAUGCCACGAGCAUCGAACAUCGAUGCUGGACGAUGGGACCCGCCCGUCGGUGGCGCGCCUGGCGAAGGAGUUCAUGGCCGUUGGGACCGCGGCGGUGGAGGAUGAGGGCUGGGAGUUGGUGGGCGGCGAAGAGGAGGCGACCCAGGCCGACUCCUGGUUGGAGACCCUUUUGCGGCUGGUGCGUGCCUAUAGUGUAGGCUCCGCCUUCGGCGAGGCGCAUGUGCUGGUGUUGGAGAUGUUGCUGGAGACGCCAGAUCGGCCUUUCUGCAAGAGCGAGCCCCCGUGGCCUGCGCUGAGCCUUGCCAGUGAUGAGCUGGAAACCUGUGAGGCCCUCUAUGGAGAAGCUCUCUCCAGAUAUGACGACCGCAUUGAAGUCACUGUUGAGGACCGCCUGGGGGUGGUGUAUCGCGUCAGCAGCCAGGAGCUCGCGCGGGUGGAGGCUCGUGGAGUCCAAAGUGGAGCGACGACCGGGGAUGAGCGUUUGGCCAAUGCCGCCUAUGCGGUGCUGCAGAGGUUCCGCGGCGGGCAGCUCACGCUGACCGAGGCCCUACGUCUGGCGCAGAGCGUGGCUGGCCGGUGGAUGGCGCCGGUGAGCGCCAGCUUUGUGCCUCGACUCUUUCUGGCUGCCUCGCCCGGCAGUUGGUUGGGCCUCCGCCAGGAGACCGCUAGCCUGGUACUGGACUUUUUCAGCCCACAACAGGCGGCGAAGGAAGCCAUCAAAGUGAUGCAGAAAUACCUGGAGCGACAUGAGCAGUUCCAGCCCGCUGGUCCCGCCGAAGUAGUGGUCAACGACCGCCUGGGCGCUCGCUUCGAGCGCAAGCUGGCGCAGCUCCGCACGCACGUCACGCCGUCGCUGGUGACGCCGUCGCUGGUCUUCCACGGUGCACCCUCGCAGGAGGUGCUCCGAAGCAUCUGCCAACGGGGCUUCCUCCUGCCGGGCGAUUGGAUCGAAGGCACGCCUGACUUUCUCGAGCUGGCACACGGCAACGUCAAAGGCGUCGGCGUGUACACCUCGCCCUGCUUGGACACGGCCGCGCGGUAUUCCGGCUCCUCG